AUUAAACACAAAUUAGCACUUCUUAGCAAUUAACCAUUUGUUUUAGCUGAUCAAGCUCACCAAGUUUGUUAUAUUCCUUAUCCCUCUAGUAAGAGAGAUCGCCGUGAUUGGUGGGCUGUUUUCAAAACAAAGGCAAGGAGUACAUUUCAUGUUUCUACAAGGAAGACUCAUGAAGAAAGUACAGCUGAUUUUGUUGAUGACAUUUAUCAAGAAAAUGAAAUAUGCAUUUCUACAUAUGUUACUCCUUUAGAGGAACUUGAAAACCCAAUUGUUCUUGCUAAUGGUAUAUUUGAGGAGAUAAAUUCAUUUGUUCAAGAACAACAAGAAGCUGAAGAUGAAGUUAAUGAAGAUGAAGAUGAAGAUGAAGAUGAAAAUGGCGAUGAAGACGGGGAUGAAGAAAAUGUGGGUGAUGGAGAUGAUGGAGAUGAAUAUGAAGAUGAUGACGAAGAUGUUUUUCAUUACUCCGAUGAUAAUUAAGAGCUUUUAAUAUAGUACCUGUUAUGAUGGCAUCUUCUAUGGGUAAUCCAGGCAACCAAACAUCAACAAAUAAUGAUCCACCACUUGAAGUGCCAUCCAAUUCGUCGAUUGAACCAAUAGUAAAUGAGACAUUGGAAUUAGGUUCUGGUGGAUUAUCGACUGCAGGUGAAGAUGUUGCAAGACAACGUCGAACAAGGGGUCCUACUUUAGGAAGAAUCGCUCCAGAAGAUGCAAAUAAGAAACGUACUUUGACAAUUCUUGGUGAUAGUGUUUUUGCGGAGAAAGGGGUGUCAUCAACUAUUGUUAAAAUAAUUAAAAACUAUUUUACCGGGGUGUGGCCAACGUGGAGAAAAAUUCCAGAUGAUGUAAAAGAAGCUAUGUGGAAGAAAUUUGGGGAAUAUUUUAAUUGGCCCCUACAAGAGGAACCUAAUGUACGAAGAGUAUGGGAAAAGACAUGUAAGGAGAGAUUGAAGGAUACAUUGAAUGGUGAAAGAACAAAAGCUAUGAAAGAAGCUGGUGUCACUAAUAUUAUUGAUAUUAAGAAGUGUAAAGGAAUGAAAAGGCAUUGGAUGCCAACUGAAAUUUGGGAUGUUUUAAUCGAUACAGUUUGGAGUACAGAGAGUUGGCAAAACAAAUCCAAGAAAGCAUUGGCCAAUCGUUUAACUGAAAAAGAAGGAAGUAUUACAAAACACACUAGCGGUUCUCGUUCAUUUCUUGCUACUCAAAAGCUAAUGGAAGAAGAGCUUCAACGACCAAUACAUUAUCCAGAAUUAUUUGAGAGAACUCAUAAACGGUCAAAAGGAAGUGGCGAUUUUGUAGAUAAUAAAUCCAAAGUUGUUAGUGAUAAAUAUCAAUCUACAUUAUCAGAAAAAUAUGGUGAUAAUACUUCUGAUCAUCCUGAGUUUGAUCCAGAAGCAUGGGCGUCAUCAAUUGGAGGAAAGAUAGCUACACGCACUCAUGUAUAUGGGUUUGGCACCAUGGUCAAUUCUAAAGCAUUAUUUGAUGCUACUUCUAGUGCAGCUGCAUGCACAACUAACUCAGUUUGUGGUCCUUCUACAAGUACUCCACAUAUGGAUGUUUCUCUUAAUGAUGAUAGAAUUGUGAGUUUAGAGCAGAAGCUUGAAUCAUUGACUGAUGAUGUGAGUCAAGUGAAGAAUGCCGUAGGUGACAUAAGCGACUUAAAAAAUCAAUUUCAGAUUAUGAUGAGUUUCAUGAUGGAGAAAUUUGGAUCAAAUAUUCCUCCACCAACAAAGGAAGAUCUUGGAGGCAAGAAGAGAGCAACAAAAAAAACUCAAGGAAGACAAUGGCCAAGAAGAGGGAACAAAGAAAAUCAAAGUAAUGUUCAUGAUGACUUCUUAUUUCACUUUGUUUGUUGGUGACAAGUGUAUUGAUGGAUUAGAGAAUUGUUAAUGAUGGAUUUAUGGUUGUGAUAGAGUGUUGGAUCAUUUGUAUGGAUAAUUUGUUUUUUUUGUUAUGAAUUGAAUGUUGGAUCAUUUGUAUGGAUUAAUUGUAUUUUUGUAUUUUUUGUAUGAUUGAAAUGAUGGAUUAUGGAUACUUGAUGAGAUAAU